AUGCCGAAAGCGAAGUCCACCCCCUCGUCUUCGGGAAAAAGGCGGAAGCCCCGCAAAUCCUCCCAGUGCAAACGGACACCUGCCUUGUCGGAUGACGACGGCCCUCUUGGAUGGACACAUAUCCGUGAUGCCCAGAACAAGAGUCGAAAGGAAGCAUCGCACGCGUCGUCCAUCACCUGGGACCUUCGUCACGCCUUCCAGACUCUGCUCCUCGAGCUCCAGCUUCACGGUGGUGACUGUGAAUGCUACAUCAAGCUCACGGAGAUCUGUAAGAAACACGAGGACUCCUUCAACGCCCAGGCGGAUAGCCUGAGAGGAUCGUUGGAGACCAUACAGACUGAAAUCGAGUUCGCAGGGUGGCAUUUGGGGAUGUUGAUGCCAAAGGCUUGA